CAGCGCUUGGAUACCCCCAUUCAAUGCAUUAUCCUAGUGUAUUUAGGUAAGCAUGGCGGAAAAUAGUCCUGGAUAACUUUACAUAAAAGAGGACCUCACAAAAUAAGCAGUAUGUCUGACAACCCAGAAGAAUCAGCUUACUUCCUUCGACUUAUGUCUAUGUAUAUGGACCUUUGUACAGAGAGUGUAAGGAAUGUGUUUAAUUUCCAUUCACCGGAUAAUAAUGGUGAAAAGUUUCUUUUAUUACAUGUAAAUCAAGCCAAACUGAUUGAAUUAAAAAGAGAAAAGGUUCUGAAUCAACAGGAGUCUGAGCUCGUGAUUACACAAUGGCCGAAUCUCAAACGUAUGGAUAUAUCAUUACUUAUUACUCUCUCAAUUAAUCUGUUCACAACUGUGCAAUUAUCACCUCCGAUAAAAGGAUGGAACAGGCCACCAAAAGGUACAGACAUAUCCAUUGCAGCUGAUUUGUUACGCUUAAAGAAGAUCAGAAACACCAUUGUCGGUCAUUAUCCCUGUGCCCGGUUAGCGCAGUGGAGAUUUGAAGAGGAAUGGGAGACUAUUAAGAUCAUAUUGCUAAGGAUAGAAAAGCACAUAUCGCCUGGAAAUGAGGAACAUCUACAGAUCAAAAUUGAUCAAUACUUAAUACAAGAGUUGCAGCCAGGUAUUAAGGGCGAGCAUGAUCCGAAAUUAAGAGAAUGGUAUCAAGAGGUAUUCAAAGCUCAGGAACAGGUAGACAAAUAUCUCGAGAAGCUGGAAGGAUUCAGCGUUUACUUAAAAUCUAAAUCAAAUCGAUACGAACGGUACAUAAAGCUUUUGGUCAAAGGCGGGCAGUUUGUAUUGUCUGCUUUACUUAAAGCAAAAUGUCAACCAAGAGAUUUGAGAAGCAUACUAGAUGAAAAAGAACACUUACUCAAAGAAAAGAUCACUGAUCCUAAACAUCUAGAAGUAAUUUAUUCAUCUGACUCGGAUCGUUUGUCGAACGCGUUGGAUUUGUCAAAAUGGGACAUUUCGUUACUGGCAGGUGUGUUACUCUACGCUUUUGAGUGCAGUGAUGAUAUGAAGAAGGCAAUAGGCAAUAUCUAUAACGCACGAAGGAACUACGCAGAAACAGCUGUUAUAGCAUUAGACCCUGACUCUUUCGUAGAACACGUAUCCGAUCUGAAAACAAGCAUUAUUGUUGCUUCGAAUUACCUGAAUGCAGAAGAGAAAACUCAAAUUGAGGAAAUUUUAGAAGAAUGUAAAAAGACAUCAAUGGAAGAUGGUUCAUUCAAGAUAUACAUGAAUGAACUUAAAUCACAGGGCUUGCAGAUGAAAACCUUUUCGGACAUCCAUAAAGAAACGGUUAAGAAAACCAAAACAUAUCUACAAGAAAUGAUUACAAGCGGCAUAAGCUUCAACAACAGUCGUGUGCUUGAACUGAAAAUGAUAACUGUCGGAUCAGGCGAAGAAAAAAAGGAAAUUGCCGAAAAUAUUCUUUUCGAAGUAUGGCAGACAGCACUGGAUAUUACGGAAGACAAGAACGAUUUUCAAGAAAUCAAGAAAGAAGUGAUCAAGAUUUUGGAAGAAAUAAAGAAAAAGAAGAGUGUGCACAAUGUCGACGUUAAACAGGAAUGUAUCCUUCUACAGAUGUCAUGUAGACAGCCAUGUGACAUUUUAGCCCUUAUUGAGUAUUUUGACAGUGUCUUGUUCCGCAAAUAUUUGGAUGAUAUAUGUAAAGAGGUUGGAUAUUAUUGCGAUACAAUUGUUGCAAUUUGUGCACAUGUGACAAUUGAAUCUCUCGAUAGCAUACUAAAUACACCAAUUCGUCAAGAGAAACAGGAAACUGGCGUAAGAGUUCCGAUUACUGUUUCCUCCCCAGCUGCUAUGGUGGAAUUGAGGAAGUUUUUUCGCAGUGGGAAAUUUAUAAACGGCACAAAUGCUAUAGCAGAGGAAUUGUCGAAACAUACCAAUUCUGAAGUUGAACUGAAAAGUUUCAUAGAUAUGAAAGAACUUAACGAUGUCUUUGAUGGAGAUACAGACGACGAAAGUAGUGAUUCAAGCUCUACUACAGACACCAUCCAACCGAUGAAAACUGGAUCUUAUUGGCCAGAUUUGUUGGAAGAUCCAUUUGAUUAUUUAUCACCGUAUGACAAAAGGAUGACAGUAAUGGUGGAUGAAGUUAGAUCGUCCUCACCAGCAGAGUCUGAAAAGACGAAAGACGACGGAAGUGGUGAUUCAAGCUCUACUACAGACACCAACCGACCGAUGAAAACUGGAUCCGAUUGGCCAGAUUUGUUGGAAGAUCCAGUUGAUUAUUUAUCACUGUACGAAAAAAGGAUG